AUGCUCAACAAGCUCCUCAAUUGCAGUGUGCCUUCUAAACCAGCAGCUUCAUCUUCAUCUCAACCAAAGACUCUCUCUCCGGUCUUGAAAAUUGUCCAUGUAGGUGGGGUUGUUGAAUGUUAUUACAUGGCAACGCCGGCUUUCAGAAUCAUGGAGAAGUAUCCUCCUUUCAUUCUAGCCAGGCCUGAAGUUUUUAGGAGGCCAUGGGAUUCAGUCGUGAGGCCGGAUGAAAUUCUCAUCCCUGGUGAGAAGUUCUAUCUUGUCCCUCAUCGUACCGUCAAGAAACUCUGGCGACGGAUCAAAAGGCCUGAUAGAAAUAGAGAUGUCUCUAUAGCCUCCUCUGAGCCUAAGUCUUGUAUUGAUUUGUCAAUUGAUGUAGUUUCUUGCAAGAAGAAUGAAGUUAGUAAACCAAGUGAAGCAAGAAGUUCAUUUAGGAAGAAAACUUCCGUUAAAAAGCAUGUGAGAUUCGCUGGCAUUGAAGUAGUCAAACACAAAGAUGCUACUUCCGAAGAAAAGAGCUUCAAUUCUCAGUCUCGCAAUAAAAAAAGAAGGCCUAGAAGUACUUUUCCUCCAUGGGAACCAUCACUAGAUGACAGGACCCAUCACCAUAACAUAAAAGGCAAAGACAGCCCUUCGAGACUCGCACAGAGAGAGAGGAAGAUGGGACAUGAUGAAGAGAACACAGCUGCUUCAACACCAACGACCACAGACCAAGAAGAAGAAGCUUGGAACCAAAGAAAGGAAAUCCUCAUACACGAAUUGUCUGAGAAGCUAAUAAAUGGAGAUCUUCAGACUCAAAUCGAAGCUGCUAGAGAUAUUAGAAAAGUUGUUAAAAAAUCUUCAGUUAAAACAAGAACAAAGUUUGCAACUGCUGGAGUUAUACAACCCUUGGUCUUGAUGCUUGUCUCUCCUAAUCUUGAUGCCUGUGAAGCCUCUCUCCUUGCUCUACUCAACCUUGCUGUUAGAAAUGAACGAAACAAGGUCAUGAUAGUGACAGCUGGUGCCAUUCCUCCACUUGUGGACCUUCUUAAGUUCCAAAAUGGUAGUUUACGGGAAUUGGCUGCUGCAGCAAUAUUAACUCUCUCUGCUGCUGCACCCAACAAGCCAGCCAUCGCAGCUUCAGGAGCUGCACCUCUUCUAGUAGAGAUUCUCCAAUCUGGAAGUGUUCAGGGAAGAGUUGAUGCAGUCACGGCCCUAUACUAUCUGUCAGCCUGCAGAGAGAUUUCCAAUCCAAUCCUAGAUGCUACAGCUGUUUCCCCCCUUCUCAAACUCCUUAAAGAAUGCAAGAAAUAUUCUAAGUUUGCUGAGAAAGCUACAGCACUACUUGAAAUCCUUUCAAACUCUGAAGAAGGCCGAGUGGAAAUCACAAAUUCAGAUGGUGGGAUUUUAACCCUAGUAGAGACAAUUGAAGAUGGAUCUCUUGUCAGCACAGAGCAUGCGGUCGGUGCUUUACUUUCUUUAUGCCAGAGUUGCCGGGAUAAGUAUCGGCAGCUUAUUCUUAAAGAAGGUGCAAUCCCAGGGCUUCUACGACUGACCGUAGAGGGUACCUAUGAAGCCCAAGAAAGAGCUCGGACACUUUUAGACUUGCUUAGAGAUACUCCUCAGGAAAAGAGACUAAGUUCUUCAGUUUUGGAGAAAAUUGUUUAUGACAUUGCGGCACGGGUUGAUGGAGCAGAUAAAGCUGCAGAAACUGCUAAGAGGUUGCUACAAGACAUGGUCCAAAGAAGUAUGGAGCUCAGUAUGACACGCAUCCAGCAAAGGGCUGCAUCUUCUACACCAUCCAAGAUUACAUCCAUAUGA